ACAUUUCCUGACGGAUCUGGCGUAUUUCAACAAGAUCUGGCCCCGUGCCACACAUCAAAAAUGGUCAAGACUUUUUUCAAUACUAAUCAAAUAACCAUCUUGGACUGGCCUGGGAAUUCACCAGAUUUAAACCCCAUUGAAAAUAUGUGGUCUAUUUGCAAGCAACGCCUUCGUGGCAUGGACUGUACGACAAAGGAGAAACUUAAUCAAGCUUUAAUUCAAGUUUGGUACAGGGACCCAAGAUGGGCUAAAGUUUGUUCAAAUUUAGUGGAUUCCAUGCCAAACCGUAUUAAAAUGCUACUCAAAAGUCGAGGAGGUCAUGUUGUGUAUUGAUGUGAGUAUAUUAGUGCAAUUCAUUAUAACAAUUUUGAAAAAAGGUUUUUCAGUGUUUUCGCAGUUUGUUUCAAU